UUUUAUUUCUCAUGGAGGGUAUAAGAGUAAUUUAACAACUCCCUUCUCCGUCUUCCUUACCAGGUCUUCCAUCGAGAGCGUGUUCUUGCAGUACCAGUUUGCGCUUCAUUCAGUCACAGAAGAAACGGACGCAUUUCAGCAAUCAGUGCCUUGGAGAAGGAUUGCUGUUCACCCAGUCCUUCACAACUUGAGGGUUGAUAUCUAUUUGUACAAUGAAGAAAGGUUUGCACCCUCAAAUGCAGUGGAUAUCAUAUGUCACUCAGAGUGGCAGAUUGAUGCAUGUUAUGAUGACCAAGAUACACCAUGUAGGUAAAGUCUACCACUUCAGAGCAAAGCGCCAAAUGGCUGAAAGCGUUGGGCAGAUUGCGAAGUUCAAACGUCGUUACGAAAAGGGGAUUGCUGAAAAUGUUGAAAAUGCUGAAAAGUGAGGUAGCUCAAGGAUAUCAGCUGUUCACUUAAAUCAUUAUGGAUUCGUCUUGAAAGCAUUGCCUUGUGAGUGUUAGUAGUCUAAAGUUCCCUUCUAUUUAACGGAGUCGAUCCCAUUUCAUCCCUAGUAUUCACAGCACACUUGAGUUAUUUCUUAAAUGGUUUUGAUAUGCUUUUACCAUUAGAAAUAUAAUCUUCAUUCCUAUUUUCUGUUUAAUAAAUGCGAUCAUUUUCCACCCUAUUUAUCAAAUAGUCUAAUCAAAUUCACAGGACUUCUUAUGCUAGCUACCAAUAGUGGAGUUGUUGACUUGAGCAUAGAUAUGAUCAAGUGGUUAGGUAUUUGAUGCCUCCUCUCAUGGAUUUUCUGUUUGAAUCCCUCCUCAUUUGUAAUGUAAUAUUAAAAAAAAAAAGGAAGAAAGAAGCACAAUUGGAUAUUCCUUUGGAUAUUACUUUAGCUAUAAUGUUUGGAGCAUUAGUUGGCUUUUUGA